AUGCUCGACUGGCAGGAUUUCGAUGCGGUCUUCCAGCAAAAGCCGGACUAUGCCUACGACAACCGAAUGGUGGAGAGCAUCAUCAAGCACCGCAAGGAGUUCGGCGACCAAUUGUUCUUUGAUCGCAUCUGGAAGACAAUCGGCCUUGCAAGACCUGCAAGGAAUAACUAUCCACCUCGAUCUAAUCAGGAUCUGCGCACUUUGUGGUCUAAGAUCGCUCAGUCCUCCGCUCCUGAUGAGCAGAAACUCGCUCUCCUUUACUACCUGCUCAGAGACUGUCGCCAGCUACCUAACGCCGACUCCAACUUUGCUCGAAGGACCCACCUGCCUCAGAGAUGGCAGCUUCUCGUGGCCGGCUUGUGGGAACUUGAUCACGCUCAAUUCUCUCGCGCCCUCGAACACCUCACAGAUCCAUCACUGACACCCACCUUCACGGACGAAAUCCUCCUUACCCUCAUGCGACAUCCAAAAUGCGAGCCAUCGUUGAUACCAGCAUACUACAUUGCUAUGUCUCCACCACUGGAAGAUCCGACCGCGCUCGAGGCAUAUUUUGAGUUGAUCAUAGACAACAACCUGGUGGAAGCAUAUUAUUUCGCACAAAGACAAAACGAAGCAAGACACAAAAUGCUGUUUGAGAAACUGAUUUCUGAUGUACAUGAGGACAGCCCUGGCCAUUCUCGUUCGGAGCGAGCAGCCCUUCUUCUUGGACUGCCGUGGACCGCGCAGGAGGAAGCUUGGUUCGAGCGCUGUAUACUGAACGGGCCAGCUUCCAAGCUGCCUGGUGCAAAGGAUUCGCUCAUGGCAAGGAGAAUCAUUAUGGGGAGGUCUACAAGCGAUCUAACUGCGCUGAGCCAGCUGAAAGGCGACAACAUUGGAGGGAUCAACUGGGAGGUCGUGAAAGCGGGGAUUGCCGAUGCGGUGCCCCAUUGA